AUUUACUACCUUUCCCAAGGGACACAACCCACUUUAAUGAUGUUGCUCCCUAGUGGCAUUGUCAAGUGCAUUCAAGACAUGUCAUGUUUCCUUUCAUUUCCACCAUUUAAUAUCUCAGUUUUGGUAAAUUCAGCAGCUAAAGAAAGUAGCUAGAUUACCUAUCCAGAUAAGGGGGCAGAGGAGAAUACAUCUUCAAUUCUUCAUCUGUAUUGUGUGAAAAGAAAGCAAAGCAAAUAUGAAUGAGUUGAGCUCAGAAAGAAACAGUGGGGCUUGGAAUAUAUAUACAGCAAGUGCAGCAGAACCUCCUAGUCCAUCUCAAAUGGUUAGCCAGGUGGAAGGCGACAGUCCAUGGAAAAGCUUUGGAACCUCAGCAAAUGCCAUUUCCUUCGGGCUAUUAGCAACAGCCAUCUUGAUCUCCAUGUUUCUCAUCAUGGCUAUUUUUGAGCAUCUCUUCAAGCCAGUCCCUGAGGAUCAUAUACAAAACUUGGAAUCAGGAACAACAAUGCACAAGCAUGGAAGCUCAUCACAAACUAUACCAGCAUAUUCUUCAUUAGAUUUCACGGUCUUGAUGCCGGGACAGCAAUAUCCGACUUUCAUUGCCCAGCAUGCUCCCCACCCUUGUCAAAGGGAAGGAGUUUUUUGGCCAUCCCAUGAACAUACAUAGUUUUUCAUAAUCAUAAUAAUGCUAGUAAAAGGACAAGUGAUGGCACAUGUGCACCCGAGAAGUGAAGUAUUUCCCCAAUUUGCAACAACAUUUGUGUCUCAAUCCCCCGUGUCUUCUAUAUGAACACAAACAAGCUGGGAAAGAGUAGAAGAAAAGCGGCACCUUGUAUCAGAAAAAGGAAACAAUAUUCAACUAUGGUUGUUAAGAUGAUUGUUUAUGCAUUCACAUGCAUAGAUUUUGUUGUAUUGGGGAAAUUGAGGAAGAUCAAAAUAGAUUACACAUACUUUUAUGUGAUGAGAAACACAAAACUAAAAAUAAAAAGCAAUAUGUAUG